AUGGGACAUAGUCAACAAGUGGCAGAUAUAUAUGCAGGCCAAAGUGUAUUGGUCACUGGUGCAAGUGGCUUUCUUGGCAAAGUUCUCAUCGAAAAAUUGUUGUAUUCAGUAGACUCAUUAAAAAGUAUUUACUUAUUAAUUCGCCCAAAAAAUGGACUUGGUCCAAAGCAACGAAUGGACACAAUUAUUCAGGGUCCCUUGUUCGACCGGCUGCGUCGGUUCAAUCCUGGAAUAUUCUCAAAAUUGAUUCCAAUUGGUGGUGAUAUUAUGGAAGAAGGUUUGGGCCUCAAUCAGCUCGAUAUGCAAACCAUUUGUGAUGAAGUUUCAAUCGUAUUCCAUUGUGCGGCAACAGUGAAGUUUGAUGAGGCCUUACGAAUAUCUAUAGAAAUGAAUGUUCUUGGGACACAGCGACUUGUUGCUCUUUGUCAUAUGAUAAAAAAUCUACUUGUGCUGGUUCAUGUCAGUACAGCAUAUGCAAACUGUGACAAAUCAGAAAUAUUAGAGAUAGUUUAUCCACCUCCUGUGCCACCAAACAAACUUUUCGAGGCGAUUAAUUGGAUGGAUGAUGUGGUAAUUGAUGCCAUCACGCCGCAUUUGCUUGGUAAACGGCCGAACACUUAUACGUUGACAAAAGCUCUUGCUG